GGUUUGGAGUGGAUAAAUAAGAAGAACUGGGGUGUGUACCAGUAAGGAAUUAUUGCCGCGGACAUAAACCAAUGCUCUUCCUGCAAAGGCAACACCUCCCCACCUCUCCAUCCUCCUCCCUCAUAGCCCCACACCGGCACUUCUACGUAGCGGACUCAGUUUCCGCUUCGCACGGUUGGUCAGCGACUCGCAGCGGAGAGUUGGAGAGGGAGCGCGCACGAGAAAGAGGGAGCUCCUGAAAAACCAGAGGCUGGGAGAGAGAGGAGGGACGGAGGAGGUGACAGACCUGCUCCGCUGGGAAUAGGCUACAGCUUACUGCUAAGUGCCAUCGGCAGAGUAGGCUCACAAAACGCACCUCCGCUGUAAAAUGCAACAAUAAGGCACAGAGCAGCGCCGUGUAGCUGUCAGCGAUCUCCGCAAGGAUCUGCGUGGUUUUGACUCCGCUGUGUAGGAACUAACUGAGGGGAGAAACAGUGGGGAUUCAUGGGGAGUUUGUGCAGCUUCUUCGAGAAAAACGCCUGGAUUAUCUGAUUUUUGAUUGAUUUCUUAUUUUUUGGACGGGGCGCUGGACGUUUUCAAGGCGACACUGCGUUUCUCUGCUGGGCCAGCUGCAGCCUGCGACCUGUUUUUGGUUUUUAGCAGCGACGUGUAGUUUUCGGAGCUCCGGUCAUGGCGGACCAAGAGGAGACUUUUGUCCUCCAAAACUCUCCAGGUGGCUCGGAUUCGAGAGAAUUACAGAGCGAUAAUAAAUCAGAGAAACAGAACGGGACCUCAAGCAAAUCCCCGUCAUCACAGACAACUUACAUCCAGCAGGGAAUGGAGGGAAUAAAGGUCUACCUGCACGAAAGGGAACUAUGGACGAAGUUUCACGAGGUGGGGACGGAGAUGAUCAUCACCAAAGCGGGACGGAGAAUGUUUCCCAGCUUCAAAGUGAAGGUCACAGGAUUAAACCCUAAAACGAAAUACAUUCUACUUAUGGAUGUUGUUCCAGCUGACGACCAUCGAUACAAAUUCGCCGAUAAUAAAUGGUCUGUGACUGGGAAGGCAGAGCCUGCCAUGCCCGGGAGACUCUACGUUCACCCAGACUCUCCCGCCACGGGGGCUCAUUGGAUGAGGCAGCUCGUCUCCUUCCAGAAGCUGAAAUUGACCAACAACCACCUGGACCCGUUCGGACACAUCAUCCUCAAUUCGAUGCACAAGUAUCAACCAAGGAUUCACAUCGUGAAAGCGGAUGAAAAUAAUGGCUUUGGUUCCAAAAACACGGCCUUUUGCACUCACGUCUUUCCGGAAACAUCUUUCAUUGCGGUGACAUCCUAUCAGAACCAUAAGAUAACCCAGCUGAAGAUCGAGAACAACCCAUUUGCAAAAGGAUUCCGUGGUAGCGAUGACAUGGAAUUACACCGGAUGUCCAGAAUGCAAAGUACCAAGGAGUAUCCAGUAGUGCCUCGCAGUACAGUGCGGCAGAGAGUGGGCUCCAGCCAGAGUCCAUUUAGCGGGGAGGUCCAAGGCCUGGCCACACCAAACAGCCUGAGCUCCCAGUACUCCCAGUGUGAAAAUGGUGUCACAAGCAGUUCACAGGACAUGCUGCCCCAGUCGGGUUCCUACCCCCUGCCUCAUGAGCAUGGCCAAGAGUACCACUGUAUCAAGAGGAAAGUGGAUGAUGACUGUCACUCAGGAGAUCACAGCUACAAGAAAGCAUAUCUGGAGAGCUCAUCGAGUGAGGAGGACCAUUACUACCGCCCUGUUGGCUACGCUCAGAGCCUCAGUCUCUCCGGUGGGCCUUACCGCAGCGAGUCUAGCCAGCGGCAGGCCUGUAUGUAUGCCAGUGCCUCGCAAAGCGCUGAGCCUGUUCCCAGUUUGGAAGACAUCAGCUGCAACACUUGGGCCAGUGUAUCACCCUAUGGUAGCUGUUCUGUCACCACCAUGCAGCCCAUGGAUCGACUGCCCUACCAACACUUCUCCGCUCACUUCACCUCAGGGUCUCUGGUGUCCAGACUAGGUGGGGUGGGAGGCCACGCCUCUCCACAGCUGGGUGAUGGCCACCACGCUGCAAUGUACCAGAGCUCGAUGACCCAUCAGACUCUGGGCCGCCAAUGCAGUCCCGGGGCUGGGAUCCAAUCACCAGCAGCCAGUCUGCAGGGAAAUGAGUACCUGUAUACACAUGGCAUACCACGUACACUAUCACCACACCAGUACCACUCUGUACAUAGUGUAAGCAUCAUGCCAGAGUGGAGUGAGAACAGCUAAAGAAGUUGUUUCUCCCCCUCUCACUCUAUAAAUACAAAAAAAAAAAAAAAACACAACAAAGGACCAAAACAAGGCAGUGUUUAGAUGAAUUUAUAUUUAUAUUUUUUUAAAAGGUCUUGCUGUUCAUCCUAAAGAGACCAGUGUUGGUUCACAGUGGAUGUGCAUAGUAGGAUGGUGCUGACUAGAAGAGAAGGCAUCUUAUCACUUACCUUGUUGUGACAGCAUGUGCACUUAUAAACAAAGAAACAAACAAAGAGGAGCUGGACAAAAGCAGAAGCAAAGACUGCUCAAGAGCAGAGCACGCAGACACAAAAGCGAAGGUCAGAAAUGCUUCAGAAGCAUGUGGUCUGCAGGUCGACUGCGAACUUGUGUGGCGGUGCUUUUUCUUGGAUGUCCGCAUUUUUAGUCAGACCAUUAAAUGUGUUUGCAACCACAAGUACAAAGCUCUUUUUGGACUAUAUAACAAAUUUGUGUAAAAAAACAAAACAAAAAAAGGACACUUGUCUUCUGUUAUAUUAGCCCAAGUUCUCAUUUUUAAAAUAGUUUUUGUAGUUAACAAGUUACAUUGUAAAAUUGUUAUAACUUAAACCAUGAAUAAGCAAGUGUGAGCCUUUGUUGUAGCUCUUGCUUACUCUUAAAUCUGUCAAAAGGGUUUUUAUUUUUUUGUUUUGUUUUGUUUUUGUGUUUUUUGCUUUGUUUUGCUUUGUUUUGCUUUGUUUUUUCGUUUUCGCAUACUUACAUGCACUUCAAAAACCUUAUAUUAAUUUAAUGAUGUGAAACGUGACAGAAUAAUUGUUCAUUCGUGCCCAGACGUUUCAGGCAGAAACCGCCCUCACCACAUGCAACGGUGUUACAACCAAGCAGCAGCACUGAAAAACUGAUACUGACCAUGUUGAGAAGCAGAACCGCAGAACUUACUCUGGUAAUGAUUGUGAUUGACCUUGGUAGCUAAUUAAAUCAAGAUUUAAUCAGGAACUUGUUUAAUUUCAUUGCAAUGUGCACAGCACUCCAGUGUUGAGAAUUCAGGAAAAGCCCUAAAAAAUCUGUACACCCACAUUGCCCACAGGCGUGUACUCACACUACUAUAAACUCCACUCGCAAAAGACAAUGAAAAUGUAUCAACAUAUCAUCCUGUUUUUCCCACGUGGCAUGAUCGAAAAACUAGCAAAAA